GCUUUAUAGUUAAAUCUGCCUGCAUACCGAAUGCACUCUCUUCUCUUAAAUAAUUUAUACUUUGUCAAAUAAUUUCAAAGCAAGUAAAAACACAAAUAUGAUAUUGGAAUCAAUUGUACUGUUCGGUUUAUUAGCCAUUUUACUCUACAAAUGGUCUACAUCAACUUUUGAGUUUUUUGAAAAACGAAAUGUUCCUUAUAAUAAACCACUUCCUCUCAUUGGAAAUCAAAAGGACUUUAUUUUUCGAAAAGUAUCAAUGUUCGAAAAUGUUAUAAAUCACUAUAAUCAAUUCGAUACGAGCAUUUUUGGACUAUUUGAUUUACGCUCUCCAGCCUAUGGAAUUCGAGAUCCUGAACUUUUAAAACAAAUUACAAUCAAAGAAUUUGAUCAUUUUGUAAAUCAUCGUAGUGCUAUUAAAGAUGGAGGACUACUUGAUAAAGCUGUUAACAACUUGAGAGAUCAAAAGUGGAAAGAUAUGCGUUCCACUUUAAGUCCAGUAUUUACUGGUAGUAAAAUGCGACAAAUAUUUGGUCUUAUCAAUGAAGUCGCACGAGAGUCGAUGGAAUAUUUGAAAAAGAACAAGGAAACGCAUACUGAUUUUAAUAUCAAGGACUAUUUUACACGUUUUACGAAUGAUGUAAUUGCUUCGGCGGUCUUUGGUAUCAAGGUUAACUCGUACAAGGAUGAAACAAAUGAGUUCUAUGUUAUGGGUAAAAGAGUUACCAAUUUGACCAUAUGGCAAAAUUUUAUUUUCUUUUUGUAUGCUAACUUGAAAUAUGUUAUGAGGCUUUUUAAGGUUCAGCUGUUUGAUAAGAAAGACACUGAUUAUUUCCUGUACCUUGUUAUGAAUGCCAUGCGUUACCGGCAAAAGAAUAAAAUCUUCCGACCGGAUAUGGUCAAUAUGAUGAUGGAAGCCAGGGGCUUGUUCGUAAAUGAAAACGAUAAAAAGACUUCACAAAAUAAAGAAUGGAGCGAUGAUGAGAUUGUGGCUCAAUUUUUCGUAUUUUUCUUUGCCGGUUUUGAGCCUACAUCUAUAUUGAUGUCUUUUGCUGUGCACGAACUUAUGGCAAAUCCUGAUUGCCAAGAAAAACUUCGUGAAGAAAUUCUCGAAGUGAAGGCAAAUUUGGAUGGCAAACCUUUGACUUAUGAAGUUUUGCAGGGAAUGAAAUACAUGGAUAUGGUAGUUUCGGAGACUUUAAGACGAUGGCCUCCAGCAGUUGUUACCGAUCGUGAAUGUAAUAAGGAUUUCCAUUAUAAAGAUGAGAAAAUUGAUGUCACUAUUAAAGCUGGAGAUUAUAUUUGGAUUCCAAUUGCUGGAUAUCAUUUGGAUGAAAAGUAUUUCCCUGAUCCUUUAAAAUUCGAUCCGGAAAGAUUUAGCGAUGAAAACAAGGGAAAUAUUCAACCUUUUACUUAUUUUCCAUUUGGUACUGGUCCUAGAAUUUGUAUAGCUAGUAGAUUUGCACUUUUAGAGACAAAAGCAAUUUUAUUCUAUCUUCUGAGUGAGUUUGAGCUAAAACCAUCAUGCAAGUCAUCAAUUCCCAUGGAAUUAAAAACUGGUGUUAUUAAUUUAGCUCCCAAAGUUGGAUUUUGGAUGAACCUUGUUGAACUUUCUGAUAAAAAUUAAACAUUUUACAAUACCUAA